UGACCCCGCUGCUCCCUCUACCUGGAUUAACUCCGCACUAACCGCUGCUCGUCGCCCCCACCCUCCUCUUCCUCCGCCAGCCCCCACAAGCAGCAGCAGCAGCAGCAGCCUCCUUCGGCUCCUCUGUCCACGUUCAAACUCUCUCUGUGUUCCACCCGCGGUCAUGGGGUGCGUUGUGUCCAUGUUUCCCGGACUGCUGAGGGGUUUCACCGCGCUGUGAGCUGGACACCAGGUGGAUUUAUACCAGCCGAGGGAAAUUAGUGGAACUUUGAGCUUUCUAGGAGGAUGCAGGUGACGUGUUGGUGCGCCGUGUUCCUCCUGACGCCGGCACUUUACCUGGUAACAUGUGCUCACGCCUCAAAGUCGGACCUAGUGAAGUCUGGAAGUCCCAAAUCUACACUAAAGCAUAUAUGGACAGAAAGCAGUAAGGAUAUGUCCAUCAGUAGGCUGCUGUCACAGACUCUACAGGGCAAAGAGAACAGCACAGCUUUGGACCUUCGCUAUGAUACUCCGGAGCCCUACUCGGAGCAGGACCUGUGGGACUGGCUGAGGAACUCCACGGACUUGCAGGACUCGCGGCCGCGGGCUAAACGGCGGCCGAUGGUCAAGACGGGGAAGUUCAAGAAGAUGUUCGGCUGGGGGGACUUUCACUCGAACAUCAAGACGGUCAAACUCAACCUUCUGAUCACUGGGAAGAUCGUGGAUCACGGCAACGGCACCUUCAGUGUCUACUUCCGUCACAACUCCACAGGCCAGGGCAACGUGUCUGUCAGCCUGGUCCCUCCAACCAAGAUAGUCGAGUUUGACGUGGCAGCGCAGCAGUCCGUCAUCGAUGCCAAGGAUUCAAAGUCCUUCAACUGCAGAAUUGAGUAUGAGAAAGUGGAAAAGGGUGCCAAGAACACGCUCUGCAACUUCGACCCAUCCAAGACGUGCUACCAGGAGCAGACCCAAAGCCACGUCUCCUGGCUCUGCUCCAAACCUUUCAAAGUCAUCUGCAUCUUCAUCUCCUUCUACAGCACCGACUACAAACUGGUGCAGAAAGUGUGCCCGGACUACAACUACCACAGUGACACUCCUUACUUCCCCUCUGGCUGACGUUCUUGUUCGGUUAUUGACAGGAACGUGGACAAGUCGAGCACAGACUGGGGCUUCUACCCUUACCAGAGAAAUGUGUUGGUUAGCAGUACUUUUCCCAAAACAUGUCCGUACCACCGUGUUUGAACAAUUCCCUACUUUAAUGUUCUGUUUUUUGCAAAGACAGUGUUUUAUUUUAGCUGUGAAAAUGGUUUUUAGGACUGUAUUGUUUUAUUUGUGAUCAUUAUCAGUUAAAAAUUCUUCAUUGUUUUGCCCCUGUUGAACCAAACCUAGAUAACAAGCUUGUUAGUACCUCUGGGACUGUUGGCUCUUUCCCCCUUUUUCGUUGUUUUUAAUCUUAAGUUCGACGUUAUUUUUCAGCUAGAUGUUGAUUUCUUUGUUUUCCUCUUAAAGCAACAAUGCAUUCUCUCUCUGGACAACAACACAUGGACUGUUUGCCCCCCGCUGUGCUGUUAACGCUCUGCAGUUUAUCCUGCAUAACUGAAUUAACUCCUCAUUUAACAUAAAAAAGAAUUAAAAAAUAAAAUUAAAUCCUCAGAUAUUUCUACCAAACCUGCAAGGCAGCUGAAGAGGAUGAGGAAGAUUUAACUGCUCAGAAUCCGGAGGUCGCUGUACAUGGAGAGGAAAGAAAAGGCGUCGAUCUUCAGCUGUUGUCGUUGAAUUUGUCAGGUGAUUGGUUCGUUCUCAGCUGAUUGAAUGUCCUAUCACCUGACUAUUGAUUGCGGGUGGUUCGUUGGGGGAAGGGGCUUGCUCAUUGUCACUUAAUAUAUCAAAUGUAAUGUAUUGAAUUCUAUAUCUUAGAGCCUAAUUUGUAUGAAUGGUUUGUAUUGUAAAUAGUUUACCCCAAUUGCGCUGCUUCUGUACAUGCCCUCCUCCCAUGAGCUGUGUGUUUCCCUCUCGUUCACUCCAUUUAUGCUCGUUCUUGGUUCCCCUGACAAAGAAAAUGAUGUUGCUGCCCUAGAUGUGAAUUUCAUGAAACAGCAAUC